GCAGUUGUGAGGUCCACUUUUUCUACACCAGAUCACUAUGCACUCAACUACUUAUCGCGUCAUUCUAUUGUCAUGUGCUGCUUUACUUUGUACAGCAAGCCCCAUCGAAAGAGAAGACACUGCAGUCUUCAUGAGACAUCCACAAGAACAGUUUUGCUCAGCUGAUUUUGCGGCUCGAGCUGAGGUCUUGCCAAAUAAUCAGUCAAGAGAAGAGAACCACAGACAAGGUAUAUUUGAACACGAUCUUCAAAUCCAUGAAAUCUACAAAGGAGAGGAGAAAUUCAAAGAAGUCAGCAUCAACAUUACUGUAGAGAAUGGUUCGUUUGUAAAAGCUUAUAGUGCUCACGUCCAGCUUCGAAGCAGCACUGAGUAUUUCCUCGCUGGAAGCAUCAAGAAAGGGGAAAUUAUGCUGAGUCAGCAUAGCUGGGUUCAACCGUGGAAAGAAGUUACCAGUAAACAGCGUGAAGGAAUUGAGAGAUUUUACGGUCAAAACUGCGAGUGCCACAUCACACUGGCUUGUUUUGGAGAACUUGCUUGCGUUCAGCCCCUACAAGGAUGUCAGGUCUCUCACGAUUAUCACACGAUGCGAAAAUUCUACCAAGGCUGCGAAUGGCGUUACUCUUACUGUUUAAAAAACAGGGAGGCAACCGCAUGCUCAUGGCAAGAAACCGCUGAGUAUAGGAACUGCAGAAACAACAUUUUGCCUUGAAAGAUGGGCGUAUGCAGUAAACAAAUGAAAAUUAAAAAAAGACCAAUUAAGAAGUACGUCACUGAGGAACCAUCGAAUAUUUCUCGAGGAACAAGUAUAAAAAAUAUUUAACACAUGGCCAGGUUGAAUCAAUAUGAUUUUUUUUUUCUACGUACAAAGAAUGUUAAUCGUUUCCAGCUUUGCUGAUAUUAGCUGUGAGGAACUAAUGAAAGUAAAUGCUGAUAUUAAUAGUGAACAGACGAGUCACUUUCUUGUUUAAAACAGGGAAAAAAACAUUCCUGACGACUAUGGUAAUCAACAUUUUUUUACGUAAAAACUUGAAGUGUUUCAUUAUUUCAUUAAAAAGGGAGGAGAGGAAUUGAAUUUUCUUUUUUUUGUGGUAACAUGGUAGGUUCUUCUAGAAGUCUCCAUAAAGGCCGAAAAAAUUCUGACCUUAAUUCAUUUGCGAUUAGCUCAUAUUACUCAAAGGCCGCCCCGAGAAUUUUCCAACAUUUCCAUCAACAUUAUUAUCAAGUUUUCUAAAAACCUACCACAGCUUUGAACAGUUAUGCGCCUGGUUUUGUUUUUGCUGUAGUCUGGAGCCAGUACACUAUUAUUUUAGGGUUAUAUCCGUCUAGACUUUUUAUAGCUCAUUGAUUAACACUGCGAUCUUAUUUGGAAUACAGAGUUUUAUAGAGUUUUUAUUAGAUUACGAUACACACGGUCAAU